AUGGUUGUGGACAUUGACUUGACCCAAGGGUCGUCGAGCGACUCUGAGGGCUUUUCGACUCAGAACUCCUCUCGCCAGCAAGAGUCCCCGACUGCCGCAUCUGGUCUCUUCCAGAAUCGAUUUGAUUUCCCUCGCACAUCCGCCACCCACGCCCAUCGCAUUACCCCCCGGGAUCCCAUCAGCCCUCCUCCCAUCAAAAGACCUAUCGGUAACAGCAUCAGCCAAGCUCAGACCCCCGUUACCUUACCAGUGCAUGCCCCAAACCCGGCAUCCAGAGCGCCAUCAUAUUCGGCCACAGUGGUUUCGACCGCUGACAAUGCCCGCGACAUGGCCAGGCUGUCCGGUGUCGGGGUUAUUACCGGCUCUCAGCAAGUAACGCCGCCAUUGGAGCUCCAUACUGCCAAGGUCGUCCAGCCUACCAAAGUCGUCCAGCCUCCCCAGGAUGCAACUCCCAAGGUGGUCCAAACUCCCAGAAAGUCUGACUGGAAUGUCCAUCGUAUCGUCGACUCGUUGAAUACUUUUCGGCAAGAUAUCAAAGACGGCCACGCUCAGUUGGCGGCCUACAUCAUAGACUCGACCGAAGCCACUGAGCGUCGUGUCCAUACAGGAAAGGACCUCUUCGCCAGCUUCAGCAACAAGCCUGUGGUGGAAAAACUGGAGGAAAGCAUGAGAGUGAAGUUCAAGCAACACAGACAACACAGCAAAGGGAAGAAGGAUGGUCGCGAGGAACGACACGGUGUUGUGUGCAUCCAGACUGACGAAGAGCGUGUUCCUCGGUAUCGAUUCCACCACGUGGAAAUCAAAAAGAACAUGUUGACACCGAACACCAUGCUGACUUUUGUCCCUCACUUGAGAGAUCUGGAGAGCUCGGAAGAGUCAAAAUAUAAUAUUUGGCUGCAAGAAUUGGAAGACAUCGAUCGGAAAUCUGGCUUCAAGCCAAUGAGCCGAGAAGACAAGGUCUCUCUUACUGUCCGAUCAGAAUAUGCCGCGACAGUGUCCCUCUAUCUUGAGGGUUGGCUCGAGAGACUGUCACUUCCUGGCUGCAACAAGUCGACUUUGAUCCGAUACAUGGCCAGCCGAGAGCCCGACGAUGCUAUUACCCCGCGCCAAAAGACGGAUAUCUUGAAUUCACAUCGCGAAGCCGACACGGCGACCCCCUCCGAUGCGAACAAGGCGGCCGAGAUGUUUACCGAAGCUUUUCACCUGGUGUUCCACAAGGACCAACCCCACUUGAAGCAGAUUGAGUUACGCGAUGUGCUCUUGCUUGACGAGUCCGUUGAUAGCAUCAUGGAUUCGAAACCAACGGCGAAGGACAACCCAAGUUCUCAGAAUGAGAAUGAAGAUGAACUGGCAGAGUACAACCUGGGAACCUAUUGCAUUCUGGGUUGCCUCGUCUGCUACAGCCACUCCUGUGAACAUGGCGAGUAUGAUGCUCAGAAUUGCAAGCGGACAUUUUCCAUCAUUUCACGACUCUCAGACACGUUGAAGCGGAGAAGACGCGUCCUAACCGAUGGCGAAGUCCUUGCCAAUGGUCAUGCCAACGCUUCGGAACCCUGCCAUCGCCAUUGCUAUCAGGAGUUCAAUUCUCCGCCCAUGGAUAUUAGGCGACUUCCAUGGUCAGAGGAUGAACAUAUAGUCUUACGAUCUAUACUUGUUACAGCAGAUCGCAGCAAGGUGAAGCGGGACCCGAUGUGCCUGGUCGCGGAUUUCCUCGAUCGCGACUGCUAUGAUGUUUUCCGCGAGUACGAGAGGCUGCAAAUCUCAGUACCCCAGCCUCAACCGACCAGCAAGCAGCUGAUUAGAACUGUUUCGUGGUAUGACCGGUUUAAGAAGGCGCUCAUUGGCGACUGGCAAGACCAUACUGUGAGCCAUGAGCAUCAGCGACGGGAGCUAUUCGAGCCGUGCUCCCAUGACGGACCAUGCACUCUUGAAAGCUGCACGUGUGUCCAACAGGGCGUACUCUGCGAGAAAUUCUGCGGUUGUUCGGUGGAGACAUGCGCAUACAAGUUCACGGGCUGUGCGUGUCAUUCGCAGGGAAAGACGUGCUUCUCGAAGCAAAAAGAUCGGCCUUGCAUCUGCGUGCAGUUGAAUCGUGAGUGUGACCCAGAGCUCUGCGGUACGUGUGGUGCCUUCGAACGUGCCGACCCAGAGAAUACCGAAGACGAAACCCUGCAUUCGACCGGUUGCCAGAACUGUGCCUUACAACGCGGGGCACCCAAGGCCCUGCUUCUGGGUCAGAGCCAGCUUGAGGGCGUUGGAUAUGGCCUCUACACGGCCCAGGAUAUUGCCCAGGAUGACUUCAUCAUUGAGUAUGUUGGAGAACUCAUUAGCCACGAUGAAGGUGUUCGAAGAGAAGCUAGACGAGGAGACGUCUUUGACGAGGAGUCCAACAUCUCGUACGUGUUUACUCUCCUGGAGAACGAGGGUAUUUGGGUCGAUGCAGCGAUAUACGGCAACUUGAGUCGAUACAUUAACCACGCUUCAGAGAGCGACAAGCGCGGAUGCAACAUUACGCCUCGAAUCCUCUACGUCAAUGGCGAAUACCGGAUCAAAUUCACGGCGAUGCGUGAUAUCGAAGCUGGCGAAGAAUUGUUUUUCAAUUAUGGCGAGAACUUCCCCAACCUGACGAAGAAGCUCCUUGACCAUAAGGCGGGAGGAAAAUCGGAGCAGGUCAAGAAGAGAGGGCGUCGGCCACGCACUGACAAUGCCGAGGGAGUUGCCAGAAAAGCGCCCAAGGCAGACAAGAAGAAGCCUGGGAAGAGCAAGGCGAUCCCAGCGGCGGCCCCUCGAGCUCCCGGAGGUGAGGAUACACCGAUGCCUAACGUGCAACCGUUGGAUGCAUCGAAACUGGGCCGUAAACGCAAGCGAGGAAUUCGAGACGACUCUGAAGAAGAGGAAUAUCACCCAACCGGUACCGACGCAACUGCCUCUUAUGAUGAGUCUCAGUCGCCGGAAACGAUCGAUUCAGACGAGCCAUUGACAAAACCACCUACGAGACUUCGCAAACGACCACGCCAGCCAUCAUCGAAGGGCGAAGCAUCCGAGCAGGUGGGAAAUGUUCGAGGCGAGCCUAAGACUCGGGGCAAACGGGGCGGAGCUAGACCCGGCAGCGGCAGGCCUAGAAAGUAUCCGCGCCUGGGCCCGAAGUCCGCUUCUACUACAGUCCAUGCCGCUCCUCCAGCCCCCGCUCAUGAACAGCCAAAAACUGAGCCCCCUGCACAAGCACAAGCUCAAGCUCAAGCCCAAGUUCCAAGUCUCGAGACGAGACCCCUGGUAGCGGAAACUCCCCAGCCACUACAGCCAUCUAGAGGGAGCGUAGAAGAAAUCGACGACAGCGAAGAUGCGGCAGAUGAAACUAUGCAGCGCUCUAUAGGAGAUCAGUAUGAUGAAGAGGAGGAGGAGGAUGUCAUGGUUCGACAGCGUCUGGAUCGAGGGAUGAGGAACCGACGACCACCGGCGAAGUUUAGGGAGGAGGAUCAGCUUGUAGUUGCGAGUCAAUGA